AUGCACUGGAGGAACAAGAACAACAAAUACGGAGGAAAAGAGAGCAAGAACGACAUGCACUGGAGGAACAAGAACAACAAAUACGGAGGAAAAGAGAGCAAGAACGACAUGGCCGUGCAGGUGGGCCUGUGGGGUCUCAUGGGCCUAGUGGAGCUGCUGGUCUGCAUGUCCAGGGUCUUCAUGGCCGCUCACUUCCCUCACCAGGUCAUCGCUGGAGCCGUCACAGGCGUGCUGGUCGCCGAGCUGGUCUCCAGGGUCAAGUGGAUCUACGGCGCCAGCCUGGCGAGGUACGUGCUGGUGACGCUCUUCCUGACCGGCUUCGCGGUGGGCUUCUACCUGCUGCUGCGCGCCGUGGGCGUGGACCUGCUGUGGACCAUGGAGAAGGCCCAGCGCUGGUGCGUGAGGGCGGAGUGGGUGCACCUGGACUCCACGCCCUUCGCCAGCCUGCUGAGGAACAUGGGCAGCCUGUUCGGGCUGGGCCUGGGCCUGCACUCGCCGACGAUGCUCUAUUUGUGGCUUUAA